CGCGCCGUGCUGUCCUGGGCCGCUCCCGGCCUCCGGCCCUCCGUCCUGGCUGGGCGGCUCGCGGGGAACCCGCGCCACCACUGCCCUCCAUGGAAGGGGGACGGGAGCCAGGGAGCAGCCGCUGGCCCCAGGGUGGAAGAUGCAGGGCCGAAGCCCCCAGCUGAGCAUGGAGCUGAACAGACUGCUCCUCCUCACAUCCUUCCUCCUGCACGUGAAAGAGGACCGUGCCAGCCCAACACGGCUGGUCUGUGACAACAGGCUUAUCCAGAAGUACAUCGUGGAGGCCAAGGACAUGGAAAAGAGAGUGGACCAGUGCCAGGCCCUGCCUGCACUCAGCUGCCCUGCAGUGCUGCCCUUGGUGGACUUCACUUUCCAGCAGUGGAAAUCCAAAUCGAAUGAGACCAAGCGUCGGGAGAUCCUGUGUGACCUGGCCCUGCUGGUGGGUGCUGCAGCAGGGGCCCAGGGCCAGGUGAGCGACAAGUGUGGGGCCAGGCAGCUGAGCCAGCUUUACCGACAUGCCAACUCCUUCUUCCUGCUCCUGCAGACCUUCAGCUGGGAGGCAGGACACUGGGAGCCGAGCUGCUCCCCACACUCCAUGGAGCAGACCCACAUCACCAGCAUUUUCCUCACCUACCGGCAGCUGGUACAGGGCAAGUUGCGCUUCUUCUUCUAUGACUUGGCCAAGGUCUUGUGCAAGCAAGGACAUGGGGACAGCAGAGACCCUCCAUGCGGGGCCCAGUGAGGCUGAGGCACACAGGGUUCAGCCACAAAGCGAUGCUGGAGCAAUCCUGCAGGACACUAAGCUGUGCUUUGGGUGCCCAGGAAGAUGCUCACAGGGAAAGGGUUGGCACCUGUUCCUUAAGUCUUUAUCAACCGUGCAGCGCAUGGAGGCAAACAGUGACACUCAUGUGCCAGCAGGCACAGGCCCUGCUCCUAUCCGGGCAGGCACCUCUACUGU